UUGAGGACAGUCAAAAUGCUUAUACGCCCCAAAAGCAGUGGAAAAUAAAAUCAACAACAAAUAUGUAUAGCAUUUAUUGUAAAAAAGCUUAAAUUGUCGUAAAAUGUAUUUAUAAAUAAAUGCAGAUGCUGUAAUCGCAACUAAAAACCACAACAGAAAGGAACCCAAAUAUAUUAAAUUCGACGCAUAUCAAACAAAUUCAAAUGAAAUAGAAUUCGAUAUUAUAACAAAUUUCUUUAUUUUACUUCUAUGUAAAGUUAGAUGAGUUGCCUCUUGCCGAUCUUGCGGACAUGGAUACGGACACGGAACUAUUGAGCAUUGAUUAUUGAGCAGUGCAGUGCCAUCGAAUUGUAACCCGCUGCUGAAGGCUUACAAGUACGAUCCGUGCGAGAAGAAGAAGUUCACCGUGGAGCAUUAUGAUCACAUUAUGAUUACUAGGCACACUUGGUCGACAGGGCAGAGCUCGUGUGCACCGAUUUCUGGAGAAGCGUCCACAUGCCAAGGGAAUUGCAUUGCACCACCUGGUCGCUGCUGUCUGAGAUCUUUCCACAGAUUGCCUUCGUGCAGAUUGCCUAUCCACGUCUGUCCAUUGAUUGGGGCUCAGCCUUUGAGCAGCCACUGCUGAAUCCCUAUGAGCUAUCCGUGGUGCUGGGCUACAUUGAGUCAUAUUGACGCCAGAUAAUGCCUCGCCACGCAAUAUGGCUUAUCCCAUGGACUUCUAUGCCAGCGGCAGCCUGGGCCCCCGGACGCCUAACCUUAAGCCACCAGCGCUGGGUGAAUGCGAGAAGAAGUUUGCCCGCGGCAGACUGUUGUUGGAGAAGGACGAAACCGGCAAGGCGGCAUAUGGCAGCAUUAGCCGACAUAUGUACUUGAUUUCAAGAAGGGCUAAAAGAUAAUACAAUUUGCAGUGUGAGCACACCUGAAGCUCUCCUCAUUUCUAUCUAGGUAAUCACCUAUGUUUAUGUUUAUGUGCCCGCCCAGCCCAAAUGUAAUAUGGUAUACUUACUAAUUUAAGUUA